CAAAUUAAAAAUGGUGGUUGGUCCUUCUUACCUAAAGACCUUGCCAUCUUCUUCCUUAAGCUCCAUGAAAAUCAAAAGUCUAAUCCACACCCUUGUCUAUGCUCAGGUCUGUCGUCUAAUUCGAGCAUUUUCAAAAGCAAAGUCUACUUUCACUCAAAUCUGUAAACAAAACAAGCCUCUAAGAUACUUGAUUUCCAACUCAAAUACCACAAAACACAAGUACAAGCACAAGAAGCUCUUCUUUGGUUCAUUUAGGCUGCACUAUAAUUGGUGUUCUUCCCAUGUUACACCGGUUCCUGCUCCGGUACUAGAAGGGUGCACCGCAACCAGGGAUUCAAUGAUUUCAGCUGAGCAAUGUGAGGAGGAUACUGUGGAGUCUGAGCUUUCAGGUUACCUUCAAUGGCUAGAAGAAAAGAAGGCUAAUGGGAAUUCCACGGCUGAGGCGGAUCUCAAUGAGAUUGAUAAGCUAGCAGAAAUGUUUAUAGCCCAUUGUCAUGAAAAGUUUAUGUUGGAGAAGCAAGAGUCUUACAGGAGAUUCCAGGAAAUGAUGGCUAGAAGCAUGUGAAUGUUUUUUUUCCUUCUUAAUUAUUAGCUAAUAAAUCUUCUUUGUUCUCCUUAGCCUAAGCUUUUGCUGAAUGCGACUUACAUUGAUGGGUAAGUGAUUUAAAUUACAGUUGCGGUUACAUUGUAUUUAUCGUAAUUGUGGUAAUAGUGGAUGUUAUUACGGUCAAUGCAGGUAUCACUGUCGUACAAUAACAAUUUUGGACGAUACCUUUACCACUAUGUAAGCUGUUUAAAUCUAUGAUGGGAUUAGAGAAAGUGUCAUUGAGAGAUGGGAGGGUUUUUCUUUUCCUUUUUGUUCCUUUGAUAUCCUUGUAAAACUUUUCCUUUUUGUUCUUCCCUUGUAUUGUGGUGAUUUUGUUUCCACUUUCCGCUUCCAAUGUUAUAUAUAAUUAGUGGGAGUAAUUUCAAGAUUGACAAGCCCUCUUUUGUUACGUACAAGGAAACAAAUUCAGUAAAAAAAAAUUGCAGAUUUCUGUGAUCUCUUUCU